GACAUUUUGGGCAGUACUUUUGAUGUUGGAAACGUGCAUGGAAAGUAUUGGAAAAGACUUUCGUUGGCGUUGGAUUUGAAAUGAACGCCACAGAGUCGCAGCUCGUGUUGAUAGCGUCGUAAGGGACAUCCAUCCACACACGAGCCUGUGUAUUUAAUCCUCUUAUCUGUUUACCAUCCAGGAGGCCGGUGUGUUUGGUUUUUAAAUGCACAACAUCUCAAGGAGCAUGACAUUUUCUCACCAUCACGUGUCUCUCGCUUUGGGUAGAACCUGACUGAAGCUUGACGACCAAUGAUACAGUAGCCUACAGUAUUUUGCGUGCCAUUCAAGUAUGCAGAGUUCCUGUGAACACAUUGUGCAUGUGAGAAACCCUGACUCGAAUCAUGCAAACUCGUUUUUGAGAGGCGGCUGCAACUUUUUCCACCACACCCAUUAACCGGCUUUUCUUGUUCUUUUGUUCCAACCACAACUAGUAUGGAAAUUCUCAUUCAAGGUGUCUGACUCAUUGGCAAAUCAUGCAUGAGUACACCUCCCUUGAGGUUAGGGGACUCAUUUGUGUGUGCAGAACAUCUAUUAUGUGAAUUUUUUUUUUACAUUUUGCAGCACAGUGUGGCAGUGGUAGUCCUAUCUGCCCCACAAUUCUGAGUUUUGAGGUUUGAAUCUCAAUCCCCGGCCUUCUUGUGUGGCAUUUGCGUGUUCUCCCUGUGCUUGUGUGGAUUUUUUUUCUCUGGGUACUCCAGUUUCCUGCCACAAUCCAAAAACAUGAAUGUUAAGUGAAGACUCUAAAUCAUAUACGGGUAUGUCAAACUCCAAAUCUGACCCACGACGCGAUGUAAUUAUAUUCGGCCCGUGAGACCAUAUCAAAUGUGUAUUAGAGCUGGCCUGCAAGUAUAUAGCACAUGCACCACUAAUACUACAUACAUACUAUAAUAAUACUAAUCCCAGAGUGCUUUGCUCAUGUGUUGCCACGCCAGUCGAGACCAGCAAGCGCCCCCUCCUUUUCUGUUGGAGUCACCUAACAGUCUCCUCGGCAGUGGUUUCUAAGAUGGGCGAUAUGGGCAGCAUCCCCCCGGUUGAUGAUCCUACAGGGGGACGAACUUGCUGGGCGUCACAUAGGGCGCAUCUGCUUGGACGUUGUUUUUUUCCCCAGAGGCAAAUCUCCUCCAGCAUGCCCCCCCCAGUUGACAAUUGGCCAAGUGGGCCCCAUUCUGUCCAGGACCGCCUCUGUUCCUCAGGCAAAUUUACAUGUCCCCUUACCAAAAAAAGCUUAUCAAAAAUGUAAAAACAGGAGCUUUUAACAUAGGUGGGAGCAGAUUAUCUGUUCGCGACAGAUUUUAGAUUUUCGAUCUACAGAUUUGAUCUCUUUCAAUAAAAAUUGGAUUUGUUAUUAGAAUAUUAAUGUUUGAAUAUUUCAGAUUCAAUUACCCUUGUUUUCAUAUGAUAAGGUUGAACAUAUACAACAUAUCUGGAAAACAUGAACAAUCACAGUCAAUUUUCAAUAAACAUCGAGUUUGGCCCGCGACUUUGUCCCAAUUUUUUAUUUUUUUUUGCAUGUUCUCCCACAUUCCCAAAACCCGCUUGACUCUAAAUCAGGGGUGCUCAAACGUUUUCUUCCAAGGGCCACAUACAGAGAAAUCGAAGGAGACAAACUAACGUAUGUUUUUGGGAUGUGGGAGGAAGAUUGAGCACUCGCAGAAACCCCAACUCGCAGAAUUGUGUGGCAAAUGUUCUAAUCACUACACCAUGAGACAAUACUGUUUAAAUGAGUAUAUGCUAGUGUUGCAUUUAAAAGAAUGUACUGAAUUUGGUUCUCCUGGAAAGCUGUGCAUGUGAGUGUCUUUUUCUCUCUCCCCAGCUUUUCACUCUCACUGGUCAGGGCUGGGCCAUACACUUGCUUCCUGUAAUUACCAUUUGGGGCAGUAGAGGCCGCUAUCUGCAUUCCAUGCAGCAAACGUUACAUAGAAUAUUUUAAAAGCAUGUUGAUCAAGCUAGAAAGCAGGAUAUGGAAAACCAUAAUUCAAGAAGUGUUUUUUUUUUUGUACAAAUGUAAUUUAUAUUUGUAAUUUGUUAAUGCAGUGAUAUAGGCACCAAAACUGUGCAGUAUACCUAGGCCUCAUUUUAUUUCUAGAUAACUCAGUGCGCAACAUGUAGAGAUGGGUAUCUUCAAAGCUACAAUGAGUAGUUUGUAAUUUUCCCUUUAGUGUAUGGGAGUUGGCUUUUGUUUGGAUGAAGAUUUGCUUCAUUUAUAUCAUCCCAGCAAGGACAAAAUCAACAGCAUGUUAAAUCAAUAUGGCACUUAUUUUAUAUCACUUUUAUGUAUGUGUGUUUAUUUUGUGGGGGACAACAAAAGAAUGAUCAACAGACUCGGCCACACCUCCUCACUAAGUUCAAAGUUUGCGUCCUCGUAUUUGCUCGCUGAGUGGUUUUCAACCACUCAAUUUUACUCUCCUAGCUACAUUUGUUUAGAGAUAAUAUAGGAGCUCUCUAAGUAAGAUAUUCGAGAUCCAGUAUCGUGCACCUUUACAGAUGUUUGCUGCUAUAUUCUGGAGUUGAUUAAGUUUCAUUUUCGUUUUAACAUUGUUAUUGUUCAGUUUUCUGCGGUUGUUUGGCGAGGAAGUCUGGGAUUCAGGCAGGAACAGACUCCAGACGCACAGUGGCUGACUGAGCGUGAAAAGCUUUGAAAGCACAUAAUUCGCACGUUGCAAUAACAGAAUUAGGCAGCCAAGUGCUCCCAGGAGGAGUCGCUAAAGGCUUAAGGAGAUGAAGGUCAUCUCCCAGUCAGACUUGUUCAGCUUUCCUCGCAGCGGAAACCUUAAGCCUUGUGCUGCAUGAUUGCAGACGAAGACAAUCAGCAGUUGUUUCUGAGUCCUUGACAGCUACACUACAAUGAUUGUUUCCUCUGUAUAUGUGCUCUGUCCUUUUGAACACACAAUCUCACUUGUUUUCUAUGACUUUCAGGAGAAGAUUUCGUGUAAUUAGUCAGGUCGUUGUUCAGACUUUGGCCCGAAAAUGCUUUUUGACCCAGCCAGGGGUCCCGGUCUGGGAGGGAAGUUGGGGGCGUGCCAGGACAUUCCGCAGGUCACUUUCUGUACAGCCAGCCCACUUCGCUCUUAUUUAGUCAUUACCUUUCAGGAAGAAAUGUACAGCUGGCUAGGAGGAAGUAGAAUUACUCAGCAGCUGCUUUUGCAUUCAGUUCUUCAGGCGGCCUGAGAAGCGAGUCUAUCUUUAAGUGGCCAUUACUGAGUCACUUCUCAGAGUGACACAGUUUAAAUUUUAUUUUAAAAUGGACUGCUGUUUAGCAAUGCAGAAAGCAGCCGAAUACAACUUGAAAAUGCACCCUAUGUGGCAGGGGCCGCUCGCAGUUCCAGGAGGUGACCGCCAAUCUCCGAUUGAUAUUGUCGUCCGCAGGACCCUCUUUGAUUCCCAACUGAAACCUUUGAUCGCUGACUAUGACCCAACCACAUGCCAGCAAAUCUGGAAUAAUGGUUACUCCUUCCUGGUUGAAUAUGAUGACACAACGGACAAGUCAACAUUGGAAGGAGGCCCUUUGCAAGACAAAUUUAGGCUGUGCCAGUUCCAUUUCCACUGGGGUGAGAGCAACGCCUGGGGGUCAGAGCACACCGUGGACAGGAGGUUAUUUCCUGCAGAGCUCCACUUGGUCCACUGGAACUCGGAUAAGUACAGUCUGUUUGAGGAGGCAGUGAUGGAGGACAACGGCCUGGGUGUUAUUGGAGUUUUUCUUAAGGUGGGGAAGAGACACGAUGGCCUGCAAAAACUGGUAGACGCUCUCCCUGCAAUCAGACACAAGGGCAGUGUGGUAGAGUUUACGAAAUUUGACGCUGGCUGCCUGUUGCCGAACAACACUGAGGAUUACUGGACGUACCACGGCUCUCUUACAACACCACCUCUGACAGAGUCUGUCACCUGGAUCGUCAUGAAGCAGCCCAUCGAAGUUAGCCAUGAUCAGCUGGCUGUCUUCCGGAGUCUUCUGUUCACCUCGGCCGAGGAGGAGGUCCAGAAGAGCAUGGUGAACAACUUCCGUGUGCAGCAGCCUCUGCGAGGUCGCACCGUGCGCUCGUCCUUCAGUCCCUUCUUAAAGGAGUCGCCGUGUGAGCAAGCUGACCAGCACACCCACUGAUGCCACCAAGUGCAGAAUUUGCAUCCUGUUAUAGUCUGUGCGCCGAAACAAACAUAUUUUCUCAAAGAAAUAUAUUUAAAAGUACAAUAAUUUUCUCUUUCAGGUUUAUUUUUUUUUACAUUUGCAAACAGUAACUAGGAGGAUGUGAGGAAAGUUUUGUUUUAGGGUAAUUUUAAAAAUGUCAUUUACAUUUUGGCUAUUGGUUUUACAAACUAAUAACUGGUCAGUUAAUAAUGGAAUUGUCUAAUUUAACAGAUUUGUAUUCAUGUAAAUUGUAUUUAUUUUAAACUGACACUAUCGUUUUUAUAUUGAAGAGUUUUUAUCACUCAGCGGCUGUGGGUGAACAAUGUAGCCGCUGGUGGAGUCUCAAUAGCAUCAUGUGGUGGCCACAGUCGGUAUAAUAGUAAAAACCACCUUUUUGAACACCACUUACAUACAGUACACUGAUUUACAUUACAUCAGUAUUUAUACUGAGUCUUUUAUUUUAUACUGUCUGUGACAAGCAUACCACACACAAACUAAAGUUCUAAAGCAACAUUUAUUAGCACUUAAUCAAAAUGCUCUGAUGCAUUCACACAUGCCAGGUGUUUAUGUGGACAUUUUUAUCCUGAAAAGAUUUACCUGUAUAGUGCCUUGGAUUCUGUUAAACGGAGUUCCCCACUUUAGCACCUGAGAGGGACUCAAAUUGCCCAUCUUAUUGUGGGGUGAUGGAAAAGAAGGGAUCGCCUCAGUGGUUUAAAAUGAUCUUUAGUUGUUCACAAGCUUUGUGUUUACCUCUGCUGCCACCUUCAUUGUCUUAGUUUACACCACUCAAGCCCUGCUCAAGUGUUGUUAAAAAGAAAAAUAUACUCUACUGUUUCCUUGAGUAGUUAGUUUAUUGUUCUUUGGUGUCUUUUCACAAUUUGCCUAAUGCUGGACCAGUCAUUUGAAAGAAAUCAACCUACUUUCAUUCAUAUCCAACAGUUGUGCCUUGAGGGGUCAAAUCUUACGAUGCAACAUUUUGGAAAAGGGGGACCGCUUUUGAGAUGGAAAGUAUACACAAACAUAGGAAAGCAGAUUAUAAAAUGCAGGACAGUGGAGAUUAGGGACAAGGGGGCAGAAGAUUGACAGUGUAGAAAACUGUUCCUUUGGUGCUCUUCAUAGAAAAAAAAUAUCCACUUGAAGAGUGUAUCUGACUAUGAUCAUAAGUGUUGGUCACUAUUCAUAGUCUCUUGGGAGGAAGAAAGGCUGAGAGUUCACGGUUGCCAUUCUAAUCCCAACGCAACAAUUUUACUGUCCGAACAGACCCCCCCCCCCCCCCCCACACACACACACAGACACAGACCCUCGACGCCUCGAAGUAGCCUUUUCUCCCAUGAGCACAGAUACUGACGUUGAUACAUCUCCCCAGUAGGUCCUUGUUGGGGCACAAAUGGACUGGAUUUGUAGUGAAAAGACAUAAUAGGCACUUGCAAGUGAUUGAAAUAGGUUGUGAAGGAUACAUACCCAACCUACUGUAGAUGAGCAGGUCAUGGGUUAAGGUGGUCUGUUUUCACAUUGCUUGCUGGACAUUCAUUUUCAUUCAUUCAUUCAUCUUCCAUUCCGCUUAUCCUCACGAGGGUCGCGGGGGGGCGUGCUGGAGCCUAUCCCAGCUAUCUUCGGGCGAGAGGCCGGGUACAGCCUGAGCUGGUCGCCAGCCAAUCGCAGUGCUGGACAUAUAUUUAUGGAAUUUCAAUACGUGUAUCAAAACAUUUGGUGGCUAUUUUAUUGUUUGUGGUUUUACAUCGAAUGCAAUACAAUACUGCCUUCCUCAUCUUAUGUUUCACAGAUGCAUUUAUUGGGCUGCAUGUUAUCUGCCUUCAUGUAUCUUGGCAUUUUAUUAUGUGAACCUUCAUUUGAUGCCUAUCUGAAUGCUAUUAAUAUAAACAUGAUCAAUACAAUUUCAGUUUCAUCUAAAUGGGGGUUUAAAGGGCUUCCUUUGUUACUAUUAACAUUUAUUCAAUGAUGAUUUCAAUGUAUGUAUUUUUGUCUCUGAGGGCCUUCAGCAUAUCAGCAUCUCUGUUUGUGUCUUUGUGAGACUUUAGAAGAAGAAAAAAAAUCAUCGCUGUAUUGACAAAUCUGACAUUUUCAAGAUAAAAUGAUGCAUUUUUUUUUUUUUUUUACAAAUCUAUUGCUUUCAUUAUGAUAUAAUUAUUGUUUUCAUGAUGCCUUUUGUCAUCAGCAGCUUUUGCAAAGUGUUGUGUUUUUCAGUCUGAGGAUCAUGGGGAUGUCCAUAAUGAUGUAUGUUGUACACUUUGCAAAUGCUCCUAUGCUAUAUUGCUCCUCGAUACCCUUGCUUUCAAGGGAAUGUACCCAAAACUAAUUGUUGAUUGUCCAGAUGGCGAAUGAUGGAAAACUUACAUUAAUUCAUAUAACAACAAUACACUGAUGCUUAAUGUAAGAAUAA